AUGACGAGUGCGCCUGCGCCCGGUGGGGACGACCCCGAGUUCAAGUCGUUCCCCUCGCUGAAGACGAACGAGAUCAUUACGGAGCUCAAGCAGCUUGAAGUCGACCUGACGCCCGAGGAGAUCGCCAAGCCCCAGCCCGGCAAGGUCCAGGACGUGUACCUGACCUUUCUCGACACGCUCUCUGGCACGGUCACCGAGAUGCUCGAGGCGCAGCGCGACCAGGUCACGGACGGCGUGGAGAAUCGCGAAAUAUACGACGGCGGCCUCGUGCGGCUCUUUAUCUACCGCGAAGUGCGCGCGAUGAUGGUGGCAGCGCAGGUGUUUGAUUUUCAUCUGCAGGACCUGACGCGUCCGCAGAGCAAGCGCUUCAAGCGGGACUUGUGUGCGCUGAUCAACUUUUUCCGCUUCCGCUCCGACCGGCUGGCCGAGUUUGACGAGCUGGUCGUCGGCACCGAGGAGCUCGUGGACCGCCGCGCGCAGCUCGAGGUGCUCACUGCGCAGGUCCAGGAGUCGAUUGCAUCGCUCGAGGCGCAGCAAGCGUCGGAGCAAGAAGAGGCCGACAAGCUGCGUGAGACCAACCUAAAGUACUCCAACACGCUGCUUCACCUGCGCAAAGUCCAGACCGAGCUCCUGGCCGAGGCCGACCAGCUGCAAAAGGACAAGACGGACGCCCAUGUGCGGCACCAGGCGGCGAAGGACGCGAUGGAUGAGGUGUCUGCCGCCCUGCACAAGCUCCAGAAGCGCAUCACGUCGAGCCCUGCGGUGGUGCGCAGCGAGAUUGCGCGGCUGCAGCGCGAGGUGGAAGAAGCGCGUGCGAGUCUCAAGGAAAAAGAGCAGCAGGCGCACGCGCUCGCGUCCAAGAAGCACGCGCUCGACAAGCUCGAGCAGGACCUCGUUGCGGCCGUCGCGAGCAUGGAGCAAGUCGCGGCGCAGAUGGACCAGGCCGCGCGUGCGUCGCAGGCGCUGGAGGAGGCGCGCCUCGAGGAUGCCAAGCAGCAAAACCUCCAAGAUACCUACCAAGACCAGAUUGCGGAGCUCGAGCGGAGCCUCGAGCAGAUGGCCGCGCGCCUCGCCAGCGACCGCGCGACGCGCGAGACGAAGCGCGCGUCGAACGACGCGGAGCUUGCGUCGCUCACCGAGCAGAUCCACGCGGUGUCCGACCAGACCAAGGAGCGGCAGGCGCUUGUGGAAAAGACCAACCAGCAGGUGGCGGACGUCGAGCGGCAGCAGGCGGUGCUUUUGGAGGAGCACGACGCGUACUGUGCCGAGAUGCACGCGAAAAAAGAGAUCGUGUGCGACUGGGCGCAGAACUACAUGGAGGCGCUCUCGCGCGUGCUUCCGAGUUCGUAG